AUGGCUACAAAGAAGAGCGUUGGGGACUUGAAAGAAGCUGAUUUGAAGGGAAAGAAAGUGUUUGUUAGAGUCAAUCUAAAUGUUCCAUUGGAUGACAACUUCAACAUAAUUGAUGACACAAGGAUCCGUGCUGCUGUUCCCACCACCAAGUAUUUGAUGGGUCAUGGCUCUAAAGUCAUCCUCUCUAGUCAUUUGCCUGUUGCAUCAAUCCUUGGAAUUCUGCAAGAAAACAUUUUUGCCAAUCAGCUGCUCUUUGGAAGUUCUGGGGAGUUUUUGGGAUUCGAUGCUAAUGAUCCCACUUUGAGGAGUGAAGGAAAAGCUACAGUUGUUCAACAAAUAAGAAAGGUUAAGGGAUACAAGGCACUAGUCAUGAUUGGUGAUGGUGCUACUGAUCUUGAGCCUAGUUCAUUUUUCUUCUUACUGAUCUCUAGGAUUUCGCCCGGCAUUGAAGAAUUAGUCAAGAAGCUAAAGGCAAGGAAUACCGAUGUUUAUCUAAUUUCCGGGGGCUUCCGCCAAAUGAUCAAUAUCUGA